AUGAGUAGUAUAAUUGACGCCGAUCAAUUCACCGAUGUCCUUACUGAGUUGAAAGGCGAUGCGACGCUGCAGGGUACCGUUACUGCAAUCUAUGAAAUCGGCUGUCUCUUUGGUGCUAUUUUCAUGCUCAUCUGGGGUGAUUGGCUCGGUCGUCGCAAGGGUAUCAUCAGUGGCGCCACGAUUAUGAUUCUUGGUGUGAUCAUCCAAGUGACUUCGUACAUGGGAAAACAGCCUCUCGCACAAUUUACAAUCGGGCGUAUUAUCACUGGCGUGGGCAAUGGAAUGAAUACUUCAACCAUCCCCACCUAUCAGGCCGAGUGCUCCCGAACAUCUAAUCGUGGUCUGUUGAUCUGUAUCGAGGGCGGAACUAUUGCCUUUGGAACUCUAAUUGCAUACUGGAUUGACUUUGGUGCCUCGUAUGGUCCUCCUGAUCUCACCUGGCGUUUCCCUAUUGCUUUCCAGUGCAUAUUCGGUGUGUUCAUCAUUUUUGGUAUGCUUGUUCUCCCCGAGUCUCCUCGCUGGCUUUUCACCCGUGAGCGUUAUGAGGAGGGUGAACAGGUCAUUGCCGCACUGAUGGGUGCCGAGCCGGACUCCCACGAAGUGGUUCUUCAAAAGAACAUCAUCAUGGAUGCCAUCCGUGCCUCUGGCCAGAUAGCAAAGACCACCCCCAUGUCGGCUGUAUUCACUGGCGGUAAAACCCAACACUUCCGUCGCAUGCUCCUCGGCGCCUCAUCUCAACUGAUGCAACAAAUUGGCGGCUGCAAUGCUGUCAUCUACUAUUUACCUAUCUUAUUCAAAAACUCGGUCGGACUGACAGGCAAGCUUCCUUCAAUUCUUGGUGGAGUGAACAUGAUUGUCUACUCAAUCUUUGCCACGGCUUCCUGGUUCUUGAUCGAAAGGGUUGGCCGACGCAAGCUCUUCCUAUAUGGUACGGUCGGUCAGAUGGUGUCUAUGAUCAUCACCUUCGGCUGCUUGAUUCCGGGCACACCUGGCCCUGCCAAGGGUGCUGCCUUUGGACUGUUUACCUACAUCGCUAGCUUUGGUGCAACCUGGCUGCCUCUUCCUUGGCUAUACCCUGCCGAGAUCAGCCCGAUCAAGACUCGUGCCAAAGCCAAUGCACUUUCCACCUGUUCUAACUGGCUGUUCAACUUUUUGAUUGUCAUGGUGACCCCAAUCAUGAUUGACAACAUCAAAUGGGGAACGUAUCUGUUCUUCGCGGCUAUGAAUGCUUGCUUCUUGCCCGUGAUCUACUUUUUCUACCCUGAGACCGCACGUCGGUCUUUGGAAGAAAUUGAUUUGAUCUUUGCUAAAGGGUUCUCGGAAAAUAUUAGCUAUGUUCGCGCUGCCAAGGAGCUUCCUUACCUGUCGGAUGAGGACGUUGAACGCUUGGCCAUCCAGUAUGGAUUUGGUAGCCCCGACGCGACCAAGGCUGAGGAGCACAGUGAUAGCACUGGCGAUGCCUCACAAAAAGAUCAUGAGAAAGCCGACACUCGUGAACUUUCUUAUCAUCAUGAAAUUUCUUAA